AGGGGCUAUUAUGUUUGACUAACCGGAAUUUUCAGACUUAUCUCUUAAAUGUUUUUCAAUGAGCAAUUAUAAUGAUGUUACUGUGUAAUCCAAGUAAAUCUAUGAAAAGUAACCUAUUAAUCAUCUUAUAAAUAAAUAUUAGUGACCUCUACUACGUAUCCGAUAAAUUUGAACAAUUAUUAUAAAACAUUUAAUAUCAGAACCUACAGUGUUACUUGACGAUUGUUUUGAACAUGUUGUUAAAAUGGAGUUGGUGCAUUCUACUAAUUGUAUUAUUAGUAGAGUUAGAUCAGACUACAUCAUGGGGUUCAUCUCGUAGUUCUAGUUCCAGUUCUCGAAGUUCUAGUUCCAGCUCUCGAGGCAGUUCAGGAUCCCGUGGUAGUUCGUUCGGUUCUGGAUCCCGUGGCAGCUCAAAUUCUGCUACUAGACCUUUUCCACCCAGACCUACUCAAAGACGGUAUCCUGUAACAACUAUGCCUACCAGGAGAACGACAAGAUAUCAUCCCAUGACUACGAUGCCUACUAGGAGAACGACGAGAUAUCAUCCAAUGACGACUAUGCCAACGAGAAGAACGACGAGGUAUCAUCCUAUGACUACCAUGCCCACUCAAAGGACUACACCGCAUAGUAGACAGCCCCCAUUUAAUCCUAAUUUCCGACCAUCCAACACGACAAACCGUUAUCCUAUGACAACUCCAUCCACGCAGAGGACUACUCAGCAUGCUAGACAACCUCCAUUUAAUCCAAACUAUCCACCCACAGGUAGAACUAAUCAUUCAUCUGGGAAUUAUAUCAGUACUUCAACGGUCCGUUCAGUAUUCAAUACUCCACCACGUGUCGGCACUAACAGUUCCAGACCUCAUUUCAAUACUAGUACCCAUAGACCUUUUGUGCAAUCAACAAAGGCUGUAACAGUUGGAAAUUGGAAUCCAGGACGUCCGCAUCCAUCAUAUCACUACUCAUCCCCAUCAUACUCCCAUCCUUCCUAUCACCCUUCCCCUUCCUACUCUCACCCUUCCCCAUCCUAUUCUCACCCUUCUCCAUCCUAUUCUCACCCUUCUCCAUCCUAUUCUCAUCCUUCUCCAUCCUAUUCUCAUCCAUCUCCAUCCUAUUCCCAUCCUUCUCCAUCUUACUCUCAUCCCUCGCCAUCGUAUUCCCAUCCCUCUGCAGUAAGUCAUCCAUCUGCGCCAAUUCCAGCAUAUCAUCCACUUCCAGCAGCUCCAGUUUACAGGCCGAUAGGAUGGAACGUUGGAGGAUCCCAUCCCGACAGCCAUGCUUCGUCUGGUCCGAUUGGACCACCUAAGCAUGUUUCUGGUGUUGGCAGCUCCAAUACGAACCAUGGUCCAGAAAUUACAAGACCGAUAGGAUUCGCAACUGGAGGAUCUACUGGACACAAUACCGGGUCACAGCCUAUUGGACCACCAAAAACUAUUGCAGGAGUGGGAAAUUCUGGAGCUCACUAUGGAGAAAAACCACCAGCAUAUAACCCCAACUACAACCCUGCUGGGUACGGACAUCCACCAGCGUAUAAUCCAGCUGGAUAUGGAUCCGCACCAGUACACAACUCACCACAAGCUGGAGGCGGUUUUAAUUUCCCGCCACCUGCCUAUAGUCCAGCAGGCCAUCCAGGUUAUAGCUCAGGUGGAUAUCAUGCACCACCUGCUUACAGUGCAAAUCCCAGUGGAGGUCAUGUAACGAUUAUCAACAAUAAUAAUCAUCAUUAUUCUUAUCCAGCUUAUGUACCAACUUAUCAUUAUACUACAGCAGAUACAGGAAGCAGCCAUCUUGGUUUCUUUUUGGGAUAUUCAUUAGGAAGACUAACCUCUCCAAGCUACCACUAUCACAGCUCCGUUUUAUAUGAUAAUACACCAAGAUACGACCACUACGAAGUCCAUCACUACUAUCACAACAGCAAUUCCGUUCCAAAAGAAGCCACCAUCCAAGAAAAUGCUAUAGUCGGUUGUGUCGGGGAUACUGGUUCAUUCUGUCCUUCUAACACUACAUCUUUAUGUACCAACAACGGUGCCGUCAUGUGUGUUGCCAGUGCUACCUCAACAGUUCCUUGUAGUCUGGAAAGACAAACCAAUUGUGUGAAAAGUUCGGUACCUUGUUUGAACAGUACAUCUCCGGAUUGUGUAGGAGCUGUGAAGUCAGCUACUGUUUCAUUACCUUGUAUUUCCACUGCCAAAGUUUUAGCAAAUAUCACCUUUGUUAACAACACCAUUGUUCUCGCUCCAACUACCAAUACAACAGUUCCUAAUAACACGAGUUCAACACCAUUACCUGUUACUACUACACCACAACCAGUAACUCCUCAGAACUUCUGUGUCACCAUUCUGGCGUUGCCUGCUGAGAGAAAACUUACUGAAAGUGAAAAAUUAGCCAAUGGAGUGGAUGGAUUGUUCGGAAAAAUCGCUGUAAAAGCUUUAGGGAUCGCUUGACAGUAUCUAAUUGGUAUAGCUGUAUUUCAGCUCCAUUCAUAAUAAAAUUAUCUCUUAGCCUACAAAGCUUUGCUUAUAAGCAAAGCUUUGAAUCAAACAGGCGAUGUUAUACAAAUUGCAGGUAAUGCAAGUACUUUGUAAGAAAUUUUAAAUCAGUUUCUUUAUUUAAACGUUAUUUUUUUAAAAAAUUAUCUAAAAACAUGAAAAAUACACUUGUAAAGGUGGUUAUUAGUCACAACUUAAAGAACUCAGCUCGAAUGAGCAGCAAAUAUUUUAUGUAGAUUUUAUGAAAUAAAAAUAAAUAAAUACUGA